UGCAGAAUACAAAACCACACCAUAACAACAUUUCAGACCAGACCGUCAAAAUUGCCUGUUCAGCACAUUUUCAAUUCUUGAGUUUGUCCGCGUUUGUCUAAAAAAAUCUGAAUAUAUAUUGUAGCUUACCGAUUAAUAAAUGGCAGGAACUAAUUUCUGAUUAUUCAUUACUAAACAACUAUUACAAUGUUUGUGCUCUACGAAACCCCAGCUGGUUAUGCCAUAUUUAAGCUUCUGGAUGAGAAAAAGCUUCAAGAAAUUGACAAUCUUUACCUAGAAUUCGAAUCGCCUGAAAAUGCCAAUAAAGUGGUUAAAUUGAAGCAUUUCGAAAAAUUUGCUGAUACAACUGAAGCAUUAUCUGCUGCCACUGCUGCUGUUGAAGGAAAGCUUUCAAAAUCGCUGAAGAAAACUCUGAAGAAACUUGUUUCCGAUGACGUACAAAACCAACUGUUAGUAGCAGAUGCAAAAUUGGGCAGUGCCAUCAAGGAUAAACUAGCACUACAAUGCGUUUCCAAUUCGGCAGUGCAGGAGCUUAUGCGUUGCAUCCGCUCGCAGUCAGAAAGUUUACUGUCCGGAUUACCAAAAAAAGAGAUGGCAGCCAUGGCAUUGGGCUUGGCUCAUUCCCUGUCUCGAUACAAACUCAAAUUCUCACCAGAUAAGAUCGAUACCAUGAUAGUACAGGCGCAAUGUUUGCUAGACGAUCUGGAUAAAGAGCUCAAUAACUACAUGAUGCGUGCUAGAGAAUGGUAUGGUUGGCAUUUCCCGGAACUAGGAAAAAUUUUAACCGACAAUAUCGCUUUCAUAAAAACGAUUAAACUGGUCGGUACCCGUGACAACAUGGCAACUACAGAUUUGUCUGAUAUCCUGCCGGAUGAGCUGGAAGAGAAGGUCAAGGAAGCCGCAGAAAUUUCAAUGGGUACUGAAAUAUCGGAGGAGGACAUAUUGAACAUACAAAAUUUAUGUGAUGAAAUUCUCUCAAUUAAUGAGUAUCGUUCACAUUUGUAUGAUUAUCUAAAGACGAGAAUGAUGGCAAUGGCCCCGAACUUGACUGUGCUUGUUGGAGAAACCAUUGGUGCGCGCCUUAUUGCACAUGCUGGAUCCCUAGUAAAUCUAGCUAAACAUCCUGCCUCUACUGUACAGAUAUUGGGUGCGGAGAAGGCUCUGUUCAGAGCGUUGAAGACAAAGAAAGACACACCAAAAUACGGUAUCAUAUUCCAUGCCAGCUUGAUUGGUUCGGCUAGCGCAAAAAAUAAGGGCAAAAUUUCUCGAUCCUUGGCUGCGAAAGCUUCACUAGCGACACGUGUGGAUGCAUUUGGCGAGGACGUUACUAUGGAACUUGGUACUGAACAUCGGGCCAAGCUAGAAAUGCGGUUACGCAUGUUGGAGGAAGGUAACCUGUCGAGACUUUCUGGCACUGGAAAAGCUAAAGCAAAGCUGGAAAAAUAUCACUCCAAGAGCGAAGUGAAAGUUUUCAAGGCCGGAGAAGAUAAUACAAUUCCUAUUGGUAAAAAACGAAAACUUACCGAUGCCGAUGACGACGAAGAAAAGGUAGAAAUUCCCAAAAUUAAAGAGGAACCAUUCGACGAGUCCGGCGGCCAGGAGGGGUCAUCAAAGAAGAAAAAGAAAAAGAAACAAAAGGAAACUGAAGAACAAGUUCCAAAGAAGAUUAAAACUGAAGAUGAUGCAACAACCAGUGAGAAGAAAAAAAAGAAACGUUUGAGUGAAUCGACACCGGCAUCUGCAUCUGAAGAGCGGGAAGGCAAUGAAGACUUCGAAAAUCAAACAGAAGUGACAACUCCUAAAUCAGAGAAAAAGAAGAAGAAGAAAAAGGCUAAGGAAGAAAGUGUCUAGUUGGGCAUUUUUAUUUUGUAUUUUUGUAUUUUUAUUUUAUGGAAUAACUAACUAUUGAAUUGAAUUGAUUCAAUACUAUUCAUAGACUUUUGAAAUAAAUAUGAGUAUAUUUGACAACUUGUUA